UUACCGAAAAAUUUAAUACUGAAAGAAUCGGGAUCGGAAUACACGUGACUGUACUUUCACUUUCUGCGAGGCGGAGGCAUGUUGCCCUUUCGGUUACAUCAGCAAUCUGUUCAUCUUAAAAAGUUAUCAAAACUGUAUUUUGUACGACAAAUCAAAACUGGCUACCCAGCAGUAGACACUCUAGCCGAUAAAGCGACGUUAGGCAAGAUAGACAGCGUCAUACAAUGGUAUGAGGAGAAAUUUGGUUUGUCGGAUGUUCGAAGAGCACAGGAAGAGGCCAUCAAGGCUCGUCAAAAAUGCAUGGAUCUGCAAAAGAAAAGAAGAGAGUAUGUGAAGGAAUAUCUAGAAAUCCAGAAAGAAAUGGAGGGUGUCGUGGGCGAGAUCAUGAAAACAGAGAGAGGCACUGAUCGAUAUGUCGAGCUUGCAAUUCAGGAAAACGAUUUCAUUAAAAGGAAAAAUGAAGUCAAACCAUACCUAGAAAUGACAGAGGAAGAAGAAAAAUUGGCAUUCGAUUAUUACAACUCUAAGGUGAGCGAAAGCCAUGAGAAGGAGAGGUUAAGGACAGAAAACUUUAAAUUAUACUAUCUGUGUUGGUCUAUGGCUGCAGUAGGAUUAGGUCUGUUAGCUAACUUCAUCUACAACAGGCAUAAAAAUAAGGAAUUUAGGGAUAUUGUAUUAUCUUCAACUGGAUCUGCAGAAGAAUACAAGAAGAUCACAAAUCAGAUAAUAACCAUCGUACAAGAUCAGCAAAGGGAGAUCAAAGGACUCUUUGGAGAAGUCGCAGACGCCCCGAGUGACUCUAAAAUUCCCAAAGACCCCCAAACCACAACUCGUGUACAGAAUGCAGCAAACAUUGCUGAAGCACUGAAAGGAAUAAAAGAAAAUCAUGAAAUUUUAACAAAAGAAUUAGCAGACGUUAAGAAAAUUGUAACAAAAGAACUAGCAGACGUUAAGAAAAUUGUAGCAGUUGAUGGAGCAAAGUCAGACUGUAAUAAUGUUGUUUAUGUGGGACCAGAGGUCAAGGAUUUAUUGAGUGAAACAGAAAAUAAUAUUCAGCGGACUGUGAAAAUCGGCAGCGUGGUGUCAGUGACUGUUCUUUAUGGUGCACUUGCUGUGACAGUUCCUCUUAUUAUGAACCUGUUCAAAGGAGAUUAAUAAUUAUUUAAAUUUAAAGGACACAUUAUAGUAUGAAAUUUGGUCUUUCUUUAUUCUGUAUAUGUACUCUGUAUACUUAUUUAUGAUUUAGCGAAAUCAGACUUAAUUUACCAUUCAGUGCGCUGUCUUGAACUAAUGCUUUAAAUCUGAGCAAGAGUGGAAAAUUUCUUAUUCUAGUGCAACCACGAAUUAACACUUGCUUCAGGAACAUUCCGAAAAUUCAUUUACUCAAUGUAGGCUUUUAUUGAUGUUUUAUUGUUUAUGUCAGAUGUAUUUUAUUUGCACAAUUUAAAUUACCAAAGAUCACUCACAGGACAGAAAAUUGCUGUGACAUUAUCACAUAAAUUACCACCUCACAUACAUGUGUAAAUGAUAUAUUGGCUAAUAUCUGUUAUCAGCAACUUUGUUGUUCAAUUUUGAUUGCAUAAAAUAACAAUUAUAAUAAAUACAAAGAGUUGUAAAACAACUCAAACAAA